AUGACACUACGAGAAUUAAAAGUGUGUCUUCUGGGGGAGACUGGAGUUGGAAAGUCAAGUAUUGUUUGGCGAUUUGUUGAGGACAGCUUCGAUCCAAACAUCAACCCAACUAUCGGGGCUUCCUUUAUGACAAAGACCGUGCAAUACCAGACUGAGCUGCACAAAUUUCUCAUCUGGGACACAGCGGGACAGGAGCGGUUUAGAGCCCUGGCACCCAUGUACUACAGAGGGUCAGCAGCAGCCAUCAUUGUGUAUGACAUCACUAAAGAGGAGUCAUUUCAAACUUUAAAGAACUGGGUGAAGGAACUACGGCAGCACGGACCACCAAAUAUUGUGGUUGCAAUCGCUGGCAACAAAUGUGAUCUCACGGAUGCUAGAGAAGUACCAGAAAAAGAUGCCAAAGAUUACGCAGAUUCCAUCCACGCCAUCUUUGUGGAAACCAGUGCCAAAAAUGCCAUUAAUAUCGACAAGGUGUUUAUAGAGAUAAGCAAGCAAAUCCCGGCUGCAGACGCUGCCGGUGCGAGCCCAGGGAAGAGUUUUAAAAUCGGACGUCAGGCCUCAGAGUCUCAGAGGGUGUGCUGCUGA